AUGGCGAGCCCGAGCCCCUCGAGGGACCAGAAUCCCACAGACCCGAGCCGGUCCUGGCUGGUAGGCCAAGACGCGCCACCCGCACAACCACCACCGACACCAUCGGCACCUGAAAGCAACAGCAGCGGGGCAGGCACAUUACCACGGCCAACAACUCCACCAACAAAGUCACACAGCAACGGAUCGGGGGCGUCGAUCGCGGACGCAGUGAAAACAAUCAAGCCGGCAGACCUGCUAACAGUGCACCACCGGCCGUGCGCGCGGGACGGGUUCCUGACGGGGAUCGGCGGGGGCGCGGCGGUGGGGAUGGUGCGGUGGGUGAUGGGGAUGCCGGUGCCGCGGGCGGCGAACUGGGCAGUGGGCGCGGGCGUCGCGGCCGCGACGCUGCAGUUCGAGUACUGCCAGUACCGGCGGCGGCAGGAGCGCGAGAAGAUGAAGCGCGUCGUCGAGGUGUACGACCGCCGGCAGACGGAGGUGCGGGCUGCCGAGGAGGCCGCUGCAAAACAGCGGCAGUUGCAGGAGGAUAAGACGGUCGCGGACGCGGCGCCGAAGAGCGGUGCAAAGAGCUGGUAUAGGUUCUGGUAA